AUGGAGGCUCUCCGCCAGAAACUUUCGAUCAAGGGAACUCAAGAAGACACCCAUUUCCGGGCUUCCAAUCCCCUAUCAACGAGGCCAAGUCGUGGCCACGGCAAGGUCAGUCAGCAAUGUGCAUUUGGACUAUGUCUCGGUCUCGAAAGUGUCAUCACCUCCUCCGUGCGGUUGGACAUGCCCUUCACUUUCCGAAUGACCUAA